AUGGCAUUUACACUGUCCGCAUUGCUUUGCUCGCUCCUCCUGGUCGUCUCUCCAUUCGUGAGCGCGUACUACGAGAGGUGGACCGCUCUUCCCUACUGCGCUCAAGAUUGCUUCACCAAAGCUGUCAACGCUUCUCUCUCUACCUGCGCCCAUACAUCCCUUGACUGUUUCUGUCGAAAUGUUGACGCCGUCACAAAGUUCGACCUUUGCCUCCAAGCCAACGUGCCUUGCAACUCCAACCCCUUCAACCGCGAUAUCGAGACGUUCAAAAACGCCGUCUUCUGCAACGCUUCUGUGGAUAGUGGCUUUGAUUACACGUUGAUCAAUGGCGCAAGAACUAUCACUCUGGGAAGAGGUCCUUGGGGAGGUUAUUGGACGUUGUCAACCUCUCCAUCAUCUUGGACGUCUAACACCUCAAUCACUGGUACCGACCCAGGCUCUGUUACCGUGACCGCGACUCAAGUGAUAAUCACCAGCACCUCGACUGUUGUCGUGGAUUUGCCCCCAAACACCACAUCAAGCGGCAACCUGAGCAGCCCCUGGACUGUAUACUCGACCCCGAGUGCUAUGGCAGUGCAGUCUUUCAAUGCUGCUGUUCGUGCUCAUGCUGGCACUCUGGAGAUUGUAGAGAAAGGACUGGGCGUUUUGGUGACAUGGAUUCUCGUUGGCAAGAUAUUCUAG